UCCCUCCCCCCACCAAAUCCCUAAUUCCCCUUGCAUAAAUAUCGGCCCCUCCCUUCCUGCCCCUAUCGUCUCAAAUUCUUCCCUUCCUCCUCCAUCUUUGCGCUUUUGAUUCUUCUCUUACCUCUUCGCUGGGUCGAUCGUUGCGAUGUCUGGCCGCGGCAAGGGAGGCAAGGGGCUCGGCAAGGGCGGUGCGAAGCGCCACCGCAAGGUCCUCCGCGACAACAUCCAGGGCAUAACUAAGCCGGCGAUCCGCCGUCUCGCCCGCCGUGGCGGCGUGAAGCGUAUCUCCGGCCUCAUCUACGAGGAGACCCGCGGUGUCCUCAAAAUUUUCCUCGAGAACGUCAUACGCGACGCCGUCACCUACACCGAGCACGCCCGCCGCAAGACCGUCACCGCCAUGGACGUCGUCUACGCCCUCAAGCGCCAGGGCCGCACCCUGUACGGCUUCGGAGGCUAAGCUCGUCUCAUGCCGAUGCCGCUUGUUCUAAGGGUCUCUUUCGGCUCGUUCUAACCGAACAUCUAAUUGGGAUGUGAAAACUGUGAGCUUUUGGAUUCGGUAAUUGGAACUUUCAACUUUGUGAGCUUUCUGUCCACCGCUUAAUUUUAGAUUGAUUAAGGAAUAGAGGAAUCGAUGCCUUGUGAGUUACUUCUUAUAGUCCGUCGUGAGAGAAUAAUUGCUUGUGAAUCCACGUGUUCAUGAUAAAGAUAAAGAAAGAUUCAUCGGAUGGUGUACGACG